AUGGGCAGAGUGGUGUUCAAAACGGUUGAGGCCGACAUUGAUGCUGGCACUCAUGAUGAACGUCUUUACGAUAAAGCUCUGAAUUCAUGGCGCUCAAAAUUACGUCGUUGGCUAAUUCCGCUUGUUCGAGCCGAGACACCUUAUAUCGCAAAACUACAGAGCAACAUUCGAACACCUGUUCUCGAUCACUAUUUCUUAUGGACGGCCAAUCUUGGAACUCACACGUUUUUCAUGAUCUUUUUACCCAUUUUGAUUUGGUUUGAUUCUAGUCAAAUGGCCAAAAGCAUAGCAUGCAUGGCAGCGUUUGGUGUUUUUACAUCCGGAUUUGUAAAGGAUCUCGUAUGCCUUCCACGACCAUUAUCUCCGCCUGUGCACCGACUUAGCAUGUCCAGCUCAACCUCUUUAGAAUAUGGCUUCCCAUCCACCCACUCGACCAACUCAGUCUCAGCCGCACUGUUUAUGAUAUCACUUGCAUGCGAGUCACACAGUUCCGACUCGCCCCUGCGCGUAAUUUGCAUCAUUGGCGCGUUUGUCUAUGCAGCGAGCAUUGUCUUUGGCAGAAUCUAUUGCGGAAUGCAUAGUCUCACAGAUGUGGUCGGUGGUGCCAUCUUGGCCUACUUCUUGUAUUGGGUCCAGUGGACAUUUAGAACCGAAUUCAACAGCAUUUUUACAGCUGACACGGUUAUACCCGUCAUUGUGGCCAUCGUCAUUUGUCUCUCGCUAGUUGGCCUUCAUGUUUGCUUUAUGGGCGUAUUGAUUGGUGUGUUUCCCGGUGGCUGGUUAUGCCAUCACUCGGAUUACUGCACUAUGGGCCAGGAAACCCUCGCCUUGACCCAGUCCACCAUGCUCGUGGCUGCUUUUGUGGUGCUGAGUAAGCUCGUUUUGGGUGUUGCCACCUUAUUUAUUUGGCGUAUUGUGGUCAAGAAAACGUGCUAUUUCAUCUUACCACCUAUUUACCGGGCAUUUAAUCUUCCACACCGCAAAUUUGAAAUUGGCGCUAGGUAA